AGACUGCUCGCUGCAGGACGCGAGAAGUGUAUUCACAGCGUGAAACAACAUGAAAUACCGUGCUUAAAACGUCGAACGAAAGGUGAAGGAGACGCCUGUCUGUUGUGCCCGAAACGCCAACGGUCCUAGUCUCGAUCGGGUCUGCGACAGUCACUGAGAAAAUCCCCGGCCCCCCUUCCCUUCGGGAGAAGUCGUCGUUUUCAAUGUGCGGACAGAGCCACACUGAACAGGUGUCAUGUGCUGAUCGAGCAACGGCCGUCUACCGCUGCUGUUAGUGUUGCCGAAUGUUCGCGUGUGAGUUCGCCCUAUCGAACGACAAAAUGGACCUUGAAAUUUCCGGACGCCUGAUGUCUCUAAAGUGAGCUUAAUCAGCCAGAGUGCGCCCGUGUGUCACAGUCGACGAUCUACACCAAGGCGCCCCAUUAGCGAGGAUACCUACUGGACAGACCCAUGGAUUCGAAAAGUCUUCCCGGUAUAGGAAUUUUCGGUUCGGGACUCGCGGCCCGAAUCAUCGUGCCUCAGUUGAGGUCCCGCGGCUUUCGGAUAGAAGCUUUGUGGGCCACCACGCAGGAACUCGCCAGAGAAGCUGCUGCCGAGCUCGAUAUCCCGUUCUGGACCACUCGCGAAGAUGAGGUGCUCUUACGAAAAUCGGUCAACCUUGUCGUGAUACUCUGUGAACCUCAUUUGCAUUCGGGGAUCGCCGUGAAAGCAUUGGGCAUCGGAAAACACGUGUUGUGUGAUCGCCCAGCCGGAUUGGAUAAAGUCGAUGUCCUGAAGAUGGUUCAGGCAUCUCAGUACUACCCGUCGCUGAUAUCGAUCGUGGGACACACUCUGCGAUUCCUGCCCUGUUUCGUGCAGAUGAGAAAACAUCUGAACGAUGGAUACGUUGGCCAGGUGCAAACCGUUGAUGUGAGGGUGAUGUGCGGAAGCCUGUUCCAGGGUCGUUAUACCUGGCUGCAGGACUCCAGAGUGGGUGGCGGAGCGCUCGCGAACUUCGGAAGUCAUCUCAUCGAUAUAGUGAGCUUCAUAACCGGCCUCCGAGCCAUACGUGUUGUGGGUACUUUGAGAACACUCGAGACGUCGAAAGACAUUUUCCAUCAGUUGCAGGCGGACGACUUCUGUGCCUUCCAGAUGGAAAUGGAUAAUGGUGCCCUAGUGACCGUCAACAUAAACACUCGAUUUCGAGGACAGUAUUCGGAGGAGAUGACGAUUUGCGGCAGCGACGGUAUACUCAUGGUUCGCUGCGGGGACCUGUAUGGUCAGAAAACCGAGUCCAUGAAGGAAGAUCUCCUGUACCUCGAUGUGGAAGACCUCAAACAAUCCCCAUCAAUUUUGCCUCGGAACAUCAGCGACCUUGCCAAGGAGAAGCUUCAGGACAAGAUCCAUCCCCCACAUCUACCGAAGGCGCACGUGAAGGGCUGGAUCAAACUGAUCGGCUCCCUGAAGGAAGCGUUCAUCUCAAAGUCGAACCAGUGGCAGAAAGACAGCGUGCAGAGCGCAGCCACAUUCGAGGAUGCCUUGUACGUUCAGAGCGUGGUCGACGCUGUCAGGACAUCGUCUGUCGAUAAGCAGUGGAUCAGGAUCGUGGCCGACGCCAACGAAAUACAGAGGCACAUUUACGAUCGGCGCGACCCUUCCAACAACGUCUACGCGGGUCUCUAUAAUUCAGCCAUAGGGCUCUCGUUGUGAACGUCUGUGUGUGUGUGUUGAAGCGAUCCGUUUCCAAACGAGGGGACCAAAGAAGCCUUAAUCAUGAUCUCUCAAGUGCCAUUCACAGCACACUUUUUGUAGCAGAUGCUUGAAAUGCCUUUACGAACCGGGGCACGACUUCGGAAACCGAUAUUCCCGUGAUCGGGUAACAGUUCUGGGAUCCGCAUCGAUUCCAGUAGUAGGGAAGGCGCUCGCAAGGUGAAACUCGAAGAAUCUAGUGCCUGUCAUCCUGAGAAUCGGACGCUAGAAGUCCAGCUCAGAAACUAGUCAGAUGCCUGUACAGACUCAGGAUGGAAUGCGUUUGCUGCAUUGUUUCGGACCGUCGGGUGAACACUCGGCUGGUUAAUAAAAUGUGUUUUUAAGC